AAGAGGGGCAGUCCCGGGGCGAGUCCGGGGGCGGGUCCGGGGGCGGGGUUGAGCCAGGGUCUUGGACCCAACCCGUAGUGGCCCCGCGCUGCGCCAGAACCAGCCAAAGGCAGCGGACCGCGCACGAGGUGAGAAAUAAUCCAGACUUGGGAGUCCACCCAAAGGUGGACUUGAGUGACCAAACCAGCAUAUCAGCUAUUUCCGUGUACUGCAUUGGAGCCAAAGCUGUCUAAAAAAAAAACCAUGAAUGAUCCAAGAACUGUGCUUGAUGUUGAUGAGUACCCAGACACUGAGGCACAGAAAAACCGAAUGCUAACUCUGGAAGAAUGGCAAGAAAAAUGGGUGAAUCGUAACAUUUCAUUUCAUCAAGAACGAGGACAUCAGCUGCUAAAGAAGCAUUUGGAUACUUUUCUUAAAGACGAGAAAGGACUGCGGGUAUUUUUUCCCCUUUGUGGAAAAGCCGUUGAGAUGAAAUGGUUUGCAGACCGAGGACACAGUGUAGUUGGUGUGGAAAUCAGUGAACUUGGGAUACGGGAAUUUUUUACGGAGCAGGAUCUUUCUUACUCAGAAGAACCAAUUGCCGAAAUUCCUGGAGCCAAAGUAUUCAAGAGUUCUUCAGGGAACAUUUCGUUGUACUGCUGCAAUCUUUUUGAUCUUCCCAGAGUAAAUAUUGGCAAAUUUGACAGGAUUUGGGAUAGAGGAGCCUUCGUCGCCGUUAAUCCAGGUGAUCGCAAACGCUAUGCAGAUGUCAUGCUGUCCCUAACGAGAACUGGGUUUCAGUACUUCUUGUGCGUGUUGGCUUAUGAUCCAACCAAACAUGCAGGUCCACCAUUUUAUGUUCCAGAUGCUGAAAUUGAAAGAUUGUUUGGUUCAAUAUGCAAUAUUCAUUGUCUGGAGAAGGUUGACGUCUUUGAAGAACGUCAUAAAAGUUGGGGAAUCGACUACAUUAUUGAAAAGUUGUAUCUAUUUACAGAAAAGUAAAUGAGACAUAAAUAGAAGCAAGUAAUAUCAACAUGUUUUUGAGCAAUUGAAAGUUGUGCUAAGACAGAAA